AUGCUUGGGAAGAUUGCUCUCGAGGAAGCCUUUGCGCUUCCCAGAUUCGCCGAGAAGACGAAAUGGUGGGCGGGAAUGUUUGCCACAGAUACAGAAAAGCACACAGCAGAGAUCAACGAUGUCGGUCCAAUUCGACUGGACUUUGCAGAGAAACACGGCGUCGGGCUACAAAUCCUCAGCUACACAGCACCUGGCGUGCAGGAUAUCUGGGAUGCGAAAGACGCGCAGAGCCUCGCUGUUGAGAUCAACAAUUAUAUUGCGACAAAGGUGCAGGCUAAUCCAGAUCGAUUCGCCGCUUUCGCGACGCUAUCCAUGCACGAUCCCCAAGAAGCGGCCGAUGAACUGCGCCGUUGCGUGACGAAGUAUGGUUUCCUCGGUGCCUUGGUCAAUGACACCCAGCGCGCGGGCGAGGAGGGCGAAGAUAUGAUCUUCUACGAUAACGAGAAGUGGGAUGUAUUCUGGCAGACGUGCACAGAGCUCGACGUGCCUUUGUAUCUGCAUCCACGCAACCCAACAGGUAGCAUCUAUGAGAAGCUUUGGGCUGAUCGCAAGUGGUUGAUCGGGCCACCUUUGUCCUUUGCACAGGGUGUUAGUCUGCAUGUUCUCGGAAUGGUGACGAACGGAACCUUUGAUCGGAACCCCAAACUGCAAGUGAUUCUGGGACACCUGGGAGAGAAGAUCCCAUUCGAUAUGUGGAGAAUCAACCACUGGUUUGAGGACCGAAAGAAGUUGCUUGGACUGGCGGAUACGUGCAAGAAGACCAUUCGGGAGUAUUUCGCGGAGAACCUGUGGAUUACAACCAGUGGACAUUUCUCGACAACUACGUUGAACUUCUGCAUGGCCGAAGUUGGGGCUGAUCGCAUUUUGUUCUCGAUUGAUUAUCCGUUUGAGACGUUUGAGGAUGCUUGUGAUUGGUUUGACAAUGCUGAGAUGUCAAACACUGACCGGGUGAAAAUCGGGAGGGAGAAUGCAAAGAAGCUGUUCAAGCUGGGACCUUACAAGGAUAGCGAGGCUUAG